AUGCGAAUAGCCUUGCCCAUCCUAGCUGCCUUUGCCGUCGUCACAGCCUUUCCCAUUCCUGACCGGAAAGUAGUCGACCUAGAAGACGACUCCGAUCUGGACUGGCGUUUCGAAGACGAGGACGUUGAAAUGUUUUCUGUGGAAUAUUUAAAGUCAUUUGAUCAGCCUUCCCUAAAGUUGCAAGUUUCCAAUAAUUCACCCAAGGUGCAAGAGUACGAAUAUAAUUGGAAUGACGAUGCAGACUUCAAUAACGAUAAGGAAGAAUAUGUCAGGAUAGCUAAAACGAUUAUGAAUGAAGUCGACGACGACCUUGCCUUCUGGUCACCAGAGUCAGAUACAUCGCUCAUGAAUGAUGACGACCUUGACUUUGCGAACGACGACAAUAUCAUUGCACUGCUUCUUUCCUCCGCUGAUCCAGACUACAAUUUGAUUGAAGCUGCCAUCAUCAUGCGCAAGGAAGUCAACCGAGCAGAUAAGCAGCGUCUUUGGCAAAAAAACCAGCGAUCGCUAGAUGAUGAGGAUAAUUACCAAGAUAUUCAUUCCGAUACCUAA